AUGGCUGCCAAAAUGGAGACUCGUCCCUCAAAACGCGUUUUUAUCAAUAAUGUGGAUAAAUAUACCUCAAAAUAUAUCGGGAAGUUUUUAGCUUCAUGUGUUGUUGGAGUAUCCCAUGUUGCUGAGCAAUUAAAGGAUAAGCCGGCAAAUGAGUCAAGUUCCCAGGAAGGCAUUUAUCAGAUUGCUGGAACCAUUUCGGGUAAAACCGAGGAGAAGUCCAGUUUUGCAGUAGAAAAAUAUAGUAAUUUAACACGUGAAGAGCUUUUCCAUCACUUGAUGGAGUCAGAUGUCAUCAUUUAUAACAUUUACAAUGAACAUGCUGAUCAGAUAGAAGAAGCCUCUUGGGCGGUCUCAGCUCUUCACAAUGAAACUGAUGCAUUUCCUGGACCAAAGACGUUCAUCUUAAUCUCCUCAAUCAUGACGUGGGCUCUGACUAAGACACUUGAUCCAAACGAUCCAGAGAUUCAUCUUACAGAAUGGGACUAUAGGAGACGCAAAGCACAUCCCAACUUUAAAGAUCAUAUCGCUGUGGAGAAGCUUGUGGUUAAACUGGGAAAAUCUAAUCAGACUCAGUUUUCUACUUACGUGGUUGCAUCUGGGCUGCAAUAUGGAAUGGGCGAGCAAGCAUUUCAUUUCUUUUUCAAGACAUCAUGGUUGGGAGAGGAACGGGAAGUGCCAGUCUUUGGAGAUGGCGCCAAUAUCAUUCCUGCUAUUCACGUCAGUGAUCUGGCAGGGAUUGUGCAGAAGGUAAUUGAGCAUAAGCCGAAACCGCAGUACUUUCUUGCAGUGGAUGAAUCACAGAACACCAUUGCUAAGAUUAUUAAUGCAAUAGCAUUGGUGCUCGGGCCAGGAAAAAUCCAAAACGUUCCAAAAGAGGACAUAUUUCUCACAGAGGAAUUGACACAAUCAGAAAUUGACCAUUUGUUCGUCAACCUUCAAAUGGAAGCCAUUUUUUUGAACAAGGAUAUCAGUAAAGAGAAUUUCAGUAUCAACUGGGUUUCAAAGAAAGGCAUUGUUAAGAACAUCGACCGAAUUGUGGAGGAAUACAAGCUCACCCGAAGCCUGCUGCCUAUUCGUAUUUGUCUCUUGGGACCUCCUGCUGUUGGGAAAAGCACCAUAACUGAAAAGAUAUGCAGGCACUACAAACUGCAGCAUGUCAAACUCAAAGAGGCCAUCACUGAGACUCUCGCAAACCUGGAGUCACGUGUUCGCGUGGAAGAGGCAGAAAAGAAAGAGGAUGAUGAAUCACGUGAAACACGGGAGCUUUUGGAGACACUGACAACGAACAUGGAAAAAAAUGAAGGCCACUUGGAUGAGCAGUAUGUUAUCCAAAUCAUGAAGGACAAGCUGAAGACUCAGCUAUGUAGAAAACAAGGCUUUGUCCUGGAUGGCUUCCCAGAGACAUACAACCAAGCUAAAGAGCUAUUUUGUGCUGAGGUUGCUCAAGCUAAAGGUAAACAGUCAGAAAUCCCUCCAUACAACAAGGAAAUCAUCCCAGAGUUUGUGUUUUUUCUGGAUGCCACGGAUGAGUUCUUGGAGGAACGUGUGCUGAACCUGCCUGAGAGUGUGGUGCAGGGAACAUCACACUCUGUGGAGAAGUACUUUCCGCGUCUGGCCACCUUCAGAGAAAACAAUUCAGUGGAUGAGACUGUGCUAAAAUUCUUUGAUGAAUUGGAGAUUGACCCUGAGCAUAUAGAGAUUAACAGUGAUGACUUGGAGAAUGUCCUGGUGAUUGAGAAGAUGAUAGAGAGUGUGGGGAAGGCCAGGAACUAUGGCCCCACCAUAAAGGAUUUGGAGGAAGAGCGGAGGCAGGUGGAAAUCAGACUGAGAGAGAAGGAGGAAGCGCGCCAGGCUGAAUCCAAGCGCAAAAAGGAAGAAGAGGAGCAGCGGGCACAGCAGCAGGAGGAAUGGAACCGAAGUCUGGAGGAAGAGAGGCGACAGGAAGAGGUUGCGCUGAUGGUAGCAUCAGCUCCUCUCAGGCAAUAUUUGAUGAACAGCGUCUUGCCCACUGUGAUACGAGGCUGCCUCGAGAUCUGUGAGCUCCGACCAGAAGAUCCAAUAGACUUCCUGGCUGAAUAUCUCCUGAAAAACAAUCCAGAAGUGCAACCAAAGACACCUGCUUAAAAGAUGAACCUCAAAACUACAAGUCAGGC